GAAGCAUUUAAGGCAGAGCACUUGCUUUGAGCCAGCUGCAGGACUCAGGACCUUGAAAGGCUCUGGAAGAACAAAUCCCUGGGAGCAGCAGCAGCAACUGCAGCACUACCACAGAAAGCAUGUUACUAGCUACAUUCAAGCUGUGUGCUGGGAGCUCCUACAGACAUAUGCGGAACAUGAAAGGACUGAGGCAUCAAGCUGUGCUAGCCAUUGGCCAAGAGCUGAACCGGAGAGCCCUAGGGGACCCCAGUCCUGGGUGGAUGGGUCAGGUCCGGCGUCGGAGCUCUCUACUUGGUUCUCAACUGGAAGCAACACUCUACAGUGACCAGGAGCUGUCCUACAUCCAGCAAGGAGAGGAAGCUAUGCAAAAGGCCUUGGGCAUACUCAACAACCAGGAAGGCUGGAAGAAGGAAAGCCAGCAGGAGAAUGGAGAUGAAGUGCUAAGUAAGGUGGUGCCAGGUGUGGGCAAGGUGUUCCGACUGGAGGUGCUGCUAGACCAGCCCAUGGACAGACUCUAUGAAGAACUGGUGGACCGCAUGGAGGCCAUGGGAGAGUGGAACCCAAAUGUCAAGGAAAUCAAGGUCCUGAAGAAGAUUGGAAAAGACACAGUCAUCACCCAUGAGCUGGCUGCAGCAGCAGCAGGCAACCUGGUGGGGCCCCGAGACUUCGUAAGCGUACGCUGUACCAAGCGUAGAGGUUCCACCUGUGUGCUGGCAGGCAUGGCCACACACUUUGGGGAGAUGCCUGAGCAAAGCGGUGUCAUCAGAGCUGAACACGGUCCCACCUGCAUGGUGCUUCAUCCACUGGCUGGAAGUCCCUCAAAGACCAAACUCACGUGGCUGCUCAGUAUUGACCUCAAGGGGUGGCUGCCAAAGACCAUCAUCAACCAAGUCUUAUCACAGACCCAGAUAGAGUUCGCCAGCCACUUGCGCAAGCGCUUGGAGUCCAGCCCUGCCUCUGAGGCCCAGUGUUAAGGACUGCCCACCACAUCUACCUGCACGCCAUUGGAAGUUCUCACAGGAAGUCUGCAAGUCUGUUCACCUUCAGCCAAGGACAACGAGAGGGGUAGUAGUCAUUAGACACUAGGACUGACUGGUAAAAACGUACUACAGGAAAACAGAACUGAGGCUUAGAAUAAAGGUUCUGCAGUGUCU